UUUGCACUUCUGGAGAGCGACGUGGAAAUCUCCUGACGUCUGAACCAUCUUCACGCUCCGGACGCGCGCACAGGAGCUAGGGUGUCCGUGGGACCCCGCGCAUCUGCGCACGCGCCACGGGCUACUCCUCGCGAGUGCAAUCCGUGUUGUUGUCAGAUCUGUGGCUCGGCAGCUCGGCGAGAACGGCAACCACGGAGACGGCUACCUGCGUGCCAGCUCGUCCUUUAACGAGAUGCGUUUAGAGAGAAUGGCGCAUCGUGGUGUGUCGUUGUGAAAUUUCCCCGCGAUCGGUGCUGCACUUCGGAUUAUCUGACUCGCGGAUCACUGCGGCUCGUGCAUGCGAGGAUGGAUCACAUCAGGACGCCGAAGGUAGAAAACGUCCGUUGGCUGGACAGGUUAACCCCGAGGAGGAUCGCCGUGGGAACGCUGUACCUCUCGUCCACACACACCAUCUUUGUGGAGAACUCGGACGCGCGCAAAGAGACAUGGGUCCUGCACAGCCUGGUGGGCAGUGUGGAACGCCUGGCCGGCACGCCUGCCGGUUGCCCUCUGCUUGUGCGCUGCAAGAACUUCCAGGUGUUUCAGCUGCUGCUGCCCCAGGAGAGGGACUGUGCAGAUGUUUACGCCUCACUCGCGCACCUCUCCCGGCCAGAGCGUUACGGAGAUCUCUACUGUUUUUCCUUCCAACCCAACCUGGACAAGGAGGAGCGGGAGAGGGCCUGGAACUUCCUGGACCUGCUUGCCGACUUCAGCCGCAUGGGUAUUCCCAGCAACCUCUGGCACGCCACGCCUGCCAACCAUGAGUACAGGGUGUGUGACACGUACCCGUCGGAGCUGUUCGUGCCAAAGUCGGCGUCCCCUGCUGUCAUCGUGGGCAGCGCCAAGUUCAGGAGUCGAGGACGGUUUCCUGUUCUGUCCUACUACCACAGGGACACCAGCGCUGCGGUGUGCAGGAGCAGCCAGCCUCUGUCUGGCUUCAGCGCUCGUUCCCUGGAGGACGAGCAGAUGCUGCAGGCCAUAAUGAAGUCCAACCCGGCCAGCGAGUACGUGUACGUGGUGGACACGCGGCCGAAGCUGAACGCGAUGGCCAACCGGGCAGCAGGGAAAGGCUACGAGAGUGAGGACCACUACUCCAACAUCCGCCUGCACUUCGUCGCCAUCGACAACAUCCAUGUGAUGCGGAGCAGCCAGCAGAAGCUCGCGGACGUGGGUGAUCUCAGGUCUCCCUCCAUGGGGGAUUUCCUCUGGGGACUGGAGAACUCUGGCUGGCUCAAGCACAUCAAAGCAGUUCUGGAUGCUGGUGUCUUCAUUGCCAAGGCGGUGGCCGAGGAGGGCGUGAGUGUCCUGGUACACUGCUCUGAUGGCUGGGACCGCACGGCACAGGCGUGCUCCGUGGCCAGUGUGCUCCUGGACCCCUACUACAGAACCCUUAAAGGAUUCAUGGUGCUGAUGGAGAAGGACUGGGUCUCGUUUGGACACAAGUUCUCUCACAGGUAUGCUCACCUAGACGGCGACCCCAGGGAGGUGUCUCCUGUGCUGGACCAGUUCCUGGAGUGUGUGUGGCAGCUCAUGGAACAGUUCCCCUGCGCCUUUGAGUUCAACGAGCGCUUCCUCUUACAGCUGCACACGCACGUCCACUCGUGCCAGUAUGGAAACUUCAUCGGAAACAGCCAGAAGGAGAGGAAAGAGCUGAGGAUACGUGAGCGGACUCACUCAGUGUGGCACCACCUCUGGGAGAACAGGGUGGAGUUCAUCAACCCCCUGUACCGGGUCGAUCACAACCAGACACAGGGUGUCCUGAGACCCGUCACUACCCCGUACUGCUUCAAGUUUUGGAAGAACAUGUACAGUCCGGUGGAGAGGGGCGUGGCCAUGCGUCUGUCCGACUGUCUGAACGCCGUGAGGGAGGAGUCUCAGCAGCUGGAGGAGGAGCUCGACGCCCACCAGGAGAGACUGGCCCAGCUGGCCAAGAGAAAGACAGGAACAGAGCCGAGGAAGAGGAACAGAGCGAUUGAACUCUCGCCUGGGCCCACCGUGAAGCACGGCGAGGUCACCAGCCCUCAGGAUUAUUUGGUCAGCACAAGCCCCACCCCCAUAGCCGAGAAGCACGCCUCCUCCUUCACGCUGCCUCUGAAGUCAUCGACGACGGGCCGGAGCGACCCCGAUGACCUUUCAGUGUGUAGCGACCUGGAGUCAGGCGUGGCUGACCUCAGCAGCCACGCGUCAAGCUCCUGCGAUGAUGCAAAGGACCCUGAUUCUGAUGAGGCAUCUUACACAAGAGCCUGACCAAAUACAAAAAAAACCCCCCAAAAAACGAGCAGAUGACCGUAAAUGGUGAUUGUAGGAUUUCUGAGUUUCACCAGUCUCUACAAACACCCCGACACCUACUGGCUUCUUUGGUUUAUUUUUGACGUGUGACACUACUGUAUUAAGUGUUUAUGAACAUGAAAAAUGCUUUUCCUCCAAUCAUGUUUAGACUACAUUUCACAGCUGAGCUCGCGAUCAAAAGCAGCCUUCCAGGAUGGCCAUCUCACACACACACACACCUCAGUCCCGUCCCUCACUAACCACCACGGCGCUGACCCAGAACAUGAACGCACCUUUGGAUGGCAGUGGGCUUGGGCAGAGGACAAGCCUUCCUUGUGAAGACCCUCACCACCCCUCCCCAACCCCAAGCAAACGCAUCAUCAGGGGACUUUUAGCGAAAGCGUACGUCAUAUUCAACACGUGACUUCCUGUACGUAGCCAAGCUGUUACAUACCGAAUAUAACACUGGCAUAUUUAACAUUAUGAAACUAGGUUUUAUUUGUGUGUGUGUGUGUGUGUGUGUGUCUGUGCAUAUUGUGUGCUUUGAAGCCGGUUUUACCUGUUAUUAGUAUUACUUUUUAUCGUAUUUAUACAGAUUAUGAAAACCCAAGGUGGUUUUUACAUUAGAACUAUGGAAUAGCAGUAAAUAAAGUCCCUUUGUACCGGGAGCAGGGUUGAGCAGUUUUGACAUGAGAAAUGAAUCGCUGCGAGAGAUGUCUCUCUGCAGCCAGGGGUAUCCCCUCCACCUCCUACGGUGUCCGUUGUGACGAGGUCAUAUGUCGGGGGGCAGACAGGCUUCUCUGAACCAAAGCAAGUGUGCUUGUAGCUUCCUGAUACGACUAAAUACUGUAACGCAAUUGUGUUGCUAUACAUUGCAAUUGCGAAAGGCUUUUAAGAACAGGGGUCACAUAUUUGAGGUAAUAAUGGUUGUAUUACUUUUACUAGUAUUAUUUACUUGUACACUGUAAUUAUUUUAUUCCUGCAGCUGAUAAAUGAAUAUCCAUCAACAAACAAUAUAUCAUGCAGGCCCCAUCUCGAGUCAUUGUUUCUAAACACCAGGAUUCACAAUCGCAUUUUUCAAACUUUUCAGAGGAUGCUUGACUAGCACUUGGCUUCCAUAUGUAAUUGGACAUACAUACAUACAUACAUA